CCCGGUAUUGCAGCUGCACUCUAACUCCGAUCUCUCCGAUCUCAACAGCUCUGACCGGCCCCUGUUGCGGCCCAUUUUCCCCCCUCCUAUACCGCUACCUCCUCGCCUUUCUUUACCAUGGACUACAGCCAAUACGCGGGCAGGCCUUUCGAGGUGAUUAGCAAGCUCCAGGUGCGCUACACGGGCAUCUUCCAGGAGAUCGACCAGGAGACGCAGACGCUAUGCCUAUCUGAUGUCUACAACCAUGGUACGGAAGACCGGCCCUCCGAGCGUUCCCUUCCUGGAUCCUCAGAGAGCUUGGGAUGGGUUCGCUUCCAUACCAACUCUAUCAACAAGCUGUCUCUCCUGGACAACCCCGCUCCGCCCGUCUCCAAUAAUGCUCCCGUUGACCCCGCCCUGGCAUCGGUCAGUGGACCUCGAGGCAACAGUCAAACCUCACCAGCGCCUCGUGGGGUGGCGGGGCUUCCUCCAAAGCCUUACACCUCUGCCCACUCCGCCGAAACCGCCUUGGGCCGCGUACAGCAGUCUCUCACCGAGCUGAGCACCGAUCCAGGGCGCCAGCGUCGCAAGCCUCAAGCUCCCGCCGUGCCCGAUGCCGAGUUUGACUUUAGCAAAGGCAACGAGAAAUUCCAGAAGGAGCGCCAGGCGCGCAAGGCCCAGGAGGAUCACGAGGAGGAGGUCAAGGCCGAGGUGGAGGCUGUCGACCUCGGCGCGCCCCAAAACGUGCCUCACCCGAGCGCUGUAGUCAGCUCGUCUGACGCCGCUCGUGACCGGAAUGGGAAGCCUCACCCCCGUAAGGGACCCUCCUACAACAAGUCGAGCUUCUUCGACAACAUCAGCUCUGAUUCCUCACGCGUGAGCCGCGCCGAGGAGCGCCACCGCAAUCUCGACACGUUUGGCGAGGCGGGCGGCGAUAUCACACAGGGCUACCGCCUCGGUCAGCAGUCUGGGCGUGGAGGUAUGCAGGGUCGGGGACGUGGCCGCGGUGGUGGUGGCGGUGGUGGUAACCGCCGAGGCGGCUAUAACAACACCCCUGCAUGGGCAGCUUAGUAGUCAGAAGUUUCCUCAUGUGUAGUAUACUUCAUUGCAUGUAACAGCUAUCAGAAGAG